AGCCUCCUCGCCUCGCCUCACCUCACCUCGAUCUCCUCCUCCUCCUCCUCCUACCGCCGCACCGAGGGUUUCGCCUUCGCCCUUCGCCGUCCACCGCCGCCGGGGCCACGAACCGAGAGACCGGAAUGGCGGCGCGGUACCUCAGAUCCGGCCUCCCCCUCCUCCGCGCCCACCUCGCACAGGGUUCAAGGGGCCUCGCGUCGCAGGUGGCUAAGCCGACCGGAAAGGAUAUCAAGGUUCCACAAGCUCUGUAUGGUGGCACUGGCAACUAUGCUAGUGCUCUGUUCCUUACAGCAGCCAAAGCAAAUGUGUUGGACAAAGUUGAAUCUGAGAUCCGGGAUAUUGUAGAGGCAUCCAAGAAGAGUCCGUUGUUUUCUCAGUUCAUUAAGGACUUGUCUGUGCCAAAAGAAACCAGGGUGAAGGCUAUAACUGAAAUUUUCUCUCAAGCUGGUUUUUCAGAUGUCACAAAUAAUUUCUUGGCUGUGCUGGCUGACAAUGGGAGACUGAAACAUAUUGAACGCAUUGCGGAGAGAUUUGUUGAUUUGACCAUGGCACAUAGGGGGGAGGUGAAGGUCGUUGUCAGGACAAUUAUUCCACUCCCCGAAAGGGAGGAGAAAGAACUUAAGGAUGUCUUGCAAGAUAUUCUGGGGAAGAACAAAACUAUCUUGCUUGAACAGAAGAUUGACUACAGCAUCAUGGGAGGGCUUGUGAUUGAAUUUGGGCAGAAGGUGUUUGACAUGUCGAUCAGGACUAGGGCGAAGCAAAUGGAGAUGUUCUUGAGGCAACCUCUUGACUUCUAACUUCCUUUUGCAUCGAGGUGCAGCUGUUGCGCUGCUGAAAGGCAUCCUCAUGUCUGUUACUUUGAUCUGGUCUUGAAAUAAUCAUUACAAGAGAACAACACUCUGUUUUAUCUUGUGGGCUAGAAGCCUGCCGAACAAUUUCAUGUCGAUUUCUUUGCUACUAAGGAAGUUCUGCACCACAUGAAGGGAAAUUCUGGCUAGUUUGUAAUUUUCAAGUGACUGGCAUUGUUUUCUUUUAGUUCGGAACUGAAUAUAAUCACCGGACGGGAAAGAAGUUAAUUAUUUUCCUUGCCGUUUUCCA